AAUGAACGUCGCAUUCAAAGCUAGCGUGCCUUCACAAGUUAUGCUAACUAGCUUACCUAGCUAGCCUGAUUGUGUUCGUACCGACACGACAUGACGUCAUUUACAGUGAAAGUCCUACUCUCAUAAACACUAUUUUGGCGAUUUAAAUACGAUAAUCUCAUCACCAACCUUUGCAUGAAGUGUUGAGUUCACAUCGAGUCACCGCGGGCCGUCAGGGCAGCUAGCUUUGUGCUAACUCUUUUAGCAACGUGACGCUAGCCACAGUCGGAUAAAGACACUGUUUUGUCCCUCCUGGCGUUCCGUACUUUGUUGUUGUGGUUUGUGGUGAUAGGACUUCAUGUUUGCUAGCUAGCAUGCUAGCUGUCCACUGAUAACUAUAACAUAUGUUUAUAAAACAUCAAGAUUUAAGUGUUGUUUCUAUCGACUUAGUCCCAAAGAAUGUAAUAUGAUCCACGAAAUGUGUGAUGCUGGUGAUCACUGGACUUUGAAGUGAUGGCGUAGUCAGCUAAAGCCAGAGUGGCUAAGAAGAAGAAAGGUGCACAAUGGAUGUCUUUAGAAUGAUCAGCAGGCAAAGAGUCGUGGAUGGAUGAUGUCUCUGAUCCUGUUCGCCUUGGUGGUUCGGGUCAGGGACGGACUCCCUCUGUCAGCGUCCACGGACUUUGAGCACAAUCGUGAGCUCCAAGAGAGGAAGCAGCAGCUGAGGAGCAUCAGCAAGAUGCUGGCCUUCUUCCCAGAGAGAGCCACCAUCAAGGGCCAGGAGCUCAACAUCUACUUGGUGUCCUCAGAGGGCGUGUCCUACAUGAGCGUGUGCCGCUGCAGCAUCCCCGUCACCACGGCCUUCUGCUUCCUGGAAGACCUUCGCUGGGAGUUCACGGCGUGCUACGAGCACACGGCGGUGUCCCUGGCGGACAGACCCUAUCCUUUUUUACACUUUGACGGUACCAUCCAGAAGCUGAAGCAGCAGUACGACCAGAAGGGCGGUCCGGCCCUGGAGGUGACUUUGGCCGAGGUUCAGGAGGACUUGAGGCUCCGCCCACCACAGAUUCUCACCCCGGAGGAGGUGGCGCUCACCAAUGGUUCUGCAAAUGGGCAUGUGGCGCAAGGGCCCGGUUCUGGCCAGAACGUGAAGCUGGAGCCGGUGACAGCGCCCGGCAUCCUCUCUCUGGUCCUCAAUAUCAUGUGUGCGUCCUUGAACGUCAUCCGCGGCGUGCACCUAAUGGAGAACACGUUCCAGCCUGUGGAACGUGGUGGCCUUCCUCCUGGCGUUCCUCUGCGCCAUCUUCCAGUGUCACCUGUACCUCUUCCAUUCCCGCCUAAAGACAGUCAAGUCCGUUCUUCUGCUGAGCGCCAUCGUCUUAUGCAACGUCUUCCUGCUGGGCCUGAGGAACGCCUGGCAGGUCGUGUUCCACGUCGCCGUGGCCUCGCUGUCCACCGUCCUCAUCGUCAAGCGCAGAGUCCAGGACAGGAGCAACGACUGCGGGGUGUGACGCGCACACAAGUAUGCUCUUGGUUAACGUCUGCUCCCGAGAUGCAGUUAGAACUGAAGGACUCGAUGGACGCCAUCUUAGCGGACCUUUUCCAUGUCCAAAAAGAAGCUGAUCGAUUUUUAGAAUGUACGUUUGGCUCGGUAGUGUUUGUACCCCACACAGGAAGUGAGCACAUAGCAUCAGUAGGGUCCAGUACUUCCCACAGGACUGCAAUCUAUCUGUGGUCUUAUUCUCAGGCAGACCAGGCACAUUAUGGGGCAAACAGGUAGCGCCAAAUCCAUUUGUGGUGGUCCAGAUUCACACUGGAGUACGUGGUGGCGUUGCUUUGAGGUCUUCGUGGGGGACAAAUUGAGCGAUUUUGUCUGUAGGAUGAUUAAGGGUUUUUAUUUUAUGCUUUUUUUUGUUUUGCUUCAGGGGAAUGUUUCCAAUAAUUUCAGCAUUUUUGUGGUAAAAAAUUCCAUGGGUAAUAAUAUAAAAGCAAUGAUUUCAAGGGUGUAUAAUAUAGAUUUUUUGCUAUUUAUUAUGCAGCAUAUCAGGGUCAGCUUCCAAAUAUGUAUUACAAUAUGAAUGUUGACUUUUCUAGCUAAGUGAAGGAGCUUAAUUUAUUGAUUUGUUAAAAGGUAUUGUUCCCAAGCCGUCCUUGUCUUCAAGCACUAGCAGGUAUUUUGGUGGAAAUUGUAGUACUUUUUAUACUAGCGGAAAGACUUUGUGGAAUGUUGGCAUUGAUGUUUUAAAGUUGAGGUUACUUCCUGUUAAUGUGUUCCAUAAUUAACUUUAUUGUGAAGGAGAAAACCAUAGAGUUUCAGUUUUAAACAUUUUCAUUGUGAUAAACUAUGAUAGGAAAAUAUAAAAGCAGAAGUGGAAGUAAUCUUUUUAAGGUACAAAAAUAACAGAUUAUCUUAAAAAUUAAAGCUUCAUUGUUAAACCUUUUUUGUAUUUUUCCAAUCGUCCACAGGAGGGCGCUUUUUGACAGCACUUGGAAGCUAAUCCUGUUGUAACUUGUACCCGAAUUUAUACAGAAGUUAUUUUAGUUUUAACCAUUUUCAUUUCAACUGAGUUGCAUUUUUUUUAAUUUGAAAAAUAAUAGGAAGUUAUUCAACAUUUGACAUCACUGUCACUGCCAAACACACAACUGAUGUCUGGGGUUUAUGUUUUUAAAUUAUUAUUCUACUGACAUUUCAUCAAUAAAUGGUGGCUUUUCCCCCCUA